CAUUGGCUUAGCAGGGAGGUCUGCUACUGGCUCUGGUGCAGUUCUGCUGGAACUCACUCAUUGGGACUACUUGUUUCUCUGUUUCAGCUGCAGGCUCGUUUGAAAAUGAGUGUCAUUGCAGUCCAGUCUGUGAAAAUGGUGACAGCCAACAUGUUGCUGAGUGUCUUCUUUGUUUCAGGUGCUCUGGAUGCUUGUCCUAAAACCCCAGCCCUAUUCAUUACUGCACCAAAGAACAUGGAAGCACUGAGUGGAUCUUGUCUGCUAAUCCCAUGUAACUUUAGUUCUAAACCAGAUCAGGACUUCAACAGCACAAGAACAACCUUCGGAGUGUGGAUUAAACAGGACUCCAGAUUUAACAACAGUAUAAAUAAUGUUAUAUUCAACAGUAGUGGGACAGUUACCACCUAUCCAAUGAGUAUUACUGGAGACCUGAGUCAGAAACAAUGCACCACCUUGUUUUCUAGUUUAAUCACAAAUUACACAGACACAUACUACUUCAGAAUUGAGAACAGGCCAUUGGCAACAGCUUCCUGUGAUCCUCUUCAAAUAACAGUUCAAGAUUCCCCCCCGAGCCCCAGAAUUGAGAUCCCAGGUGAUCUGAAGGAGAAGGAGUCUGUCACUAUAAGCUGCUCAGCUCCCACUCCCUGUCCACACUCCCCUCCUAAACUCACCUGGAAUCUCCAACAAGACCCGCACAACAACAGAGAGGAGAACACAGAUCAGACCUUCACAACUAAAAUCCAGAAGACCAUCACUCUGUCAGACACACAUGAUGGACUCACCAUCAGCUGUUCUGCCACAUAUCCUGUGAAUGAAGGAAGAGUCAAGACAGCAGAGGAGAGAAAGACUCUCAGUGUCUCAUAUAAUCCAGAGUUUGGGGUUGAUGUCUACGUUACAGUGAAGAUCCUGGGAAUCAUAACACUCUACAGUACACUCAUCAUCUUUGAGUGCUGGUUGAGAUCCCGGUGCUGCAACAAACCAGUGAAGGACGCAGGAGAAGAAGACUACGUCAACAGAGUGAUUGAGAUUCAAGCAACAUGAAGAAGAAGA